AUGGAUUUUGUCCUGUUUCUAUAUCAUUUCACUCUGUUCCUGUGGUGUAUGAAUAGUGCAAUGCUAGCAGCACCAUCCGAAGCAGUACCCUUAUUAGCAAAGCCUAAUUGUCAAUCGCGCUGCGGCGACGUGGAGAUCCCAUACCCUUUUGGAAUUGGAGCAGGUUGCUACAUUGAUGACUGGUUUCAAAUAACAUGUUUCAACUCAACCAAACCGUUCUUGAACAUCAUCAAUCUAGAGGUGCUGGAAAUUUCUGUUAAAGGUACACUAAAUGUAGCAAACCCAAUUACCUUCUCAUCCAACUGCAAUACUAACAAGCCAAAUCUCCAAGCGGCCAACUUGGAGGGAAGCCCUUUUGUGUUCUCCCAGAAGAACAUAUUCACCGCAAUGGGUUGCGGCAUUAUGGCCACGAUCACCUCAGACUCAAAUGGCUCUACCAUUUCAGCCGGUUGCAGGCCCGAAUGUGACAACUUUUCAACAAAUGAGAAAAAGAAUGGUGUUCAUUUCUGCCAGACCCCCAUCCCUUGGUUCCUCUCUGCCUUCAAUACUAGUUUCCAGGUUCAUGAUGACCACCGUACAAAAGAUAGUUUAUGCACAUAUGCAUUUUUGGUAGACAAUAGCUGGUUCAAAUGGCUUGCCAACAAUUCAACAAACAAUUUUUCUACCAUCAGCCAUAUGGAACAUGUUCCUGUGAUGCUAGAAUGGAGCUUAUACCAUUCAACGAUCGAUGUAUUUGGAGCCGUUGUAGAAGUAAAUCCCAUAGCCGUGUAUUCUGCAUCCUCCUUCUAUUGCAGAAGUUUUAAUGGCAGCUCUUCAGUAUAUAAAUCCUCAAGCAGGCUUGAAUGUUACUGCAACUGGGGCUAUGAGGGAAAUCCAUAUCUUCUACAAGGAUGUCAAGACAAAAAUGAGUGCGAGAUUGGGAACCAUUGUCCUGCAGACUCCGUAUGUAAGAAUCAUGCUGGGUAUUAUGAAUGCCACUCCCCACAUAGCAAGUCCUGGGUUAAAGUGCUCCUUAUAGGUACCGGCAGUGGUGUGGGGCUAUUGUUUCUACUCAUUGGUGCAUGGUGGUUGCACAAAGUCAUAAACAUGAAACUCAAGGAGAAGUUGAUUAAACAAAAUGGUGGUUUAUUCUUGGAGCUACAAUAUUUAUCUUCUGGUGAAGAAGAUAAUGAUUUCGAAAAUAUUGAAGAUAUGAAAAUGUCAAAUUUUUAAGACGGUGGACGUAGUAUGCGCUUGGAUGAUCUCGCACCCCUUCCAUCCUUGUGUAGGGUUUUACUUUGUUGGGUUCUGCUGCGUUUAUUUGAGCCUUUCCUUGUUUUGGGUUCUGUAAUAUUUUACACUUGGGCCUUAAUGUAGGCUUUGUUUUGUAUAUUUAGAUCAGC